AUGCUGGAGGUGGUGAACAAGGAGUUUCAGUCGUAUGGGCUAGAACUGGAGGGUGCAGCUGGUGAGUUCCUCAAGACUUCGGGGAAGUGGAAAUCCAAUUUCCAGCGAGACAUGCUCCGCAAGUGCACUGCAUGCAAGGUCCCUGUGACGAAGCUGCCUAUCCCUGUGAUGCACAACGAUGUGGUGACCAGAAGGCAGCUCCCGCUCCUGUUACCUCAUGAACUCCUCCCUUGGCUUGUGAAACAUGGAGCUCUUCCAGUGGAUGAGCCAGCAAGUGCUGCCGUGUCCAAGUUCUGGGCUCAUGCUCGUGAUGUUGGAAUGCCGGUAAAUGGUGCAACAGACCUUCAUAUCCCACUCUACAUGUGGGGAGACGAUGCUCAGUUUACUGAGAACCAGGAUAAGUUGGUGGCUGUGGCCAUGGGCCGAGUCUUGGAAACUUCCAAAGAUGCAAGGCUGACAGUUUGGCCGUUGUUCACGUUCCAGCAGGGAUACAGUGUCGGCCACGGGACCCUGAAUGCCUUCAUGGAGGAGGUAGUGAAAUCCCUGAACAUCCUGUUCGAGCAUGGGGUUAUGGUCGAGACCCCAUCUGGGGAGAGGAAGCGGGUGUAUGCUGCUGUGGUCCAGUACCAAGGAGAUUGGAAAUGGCAUAAGGACAGGUUGUAG